AUGCAUAAUCUCCGCAUUGUCCAGGAACUUGGAUCUCAGCUCCAGCAAUGCGCCAAAACGCGAUCGCUGCUCCAGGGCAAGGAGCUCCACCGCGAAGUUCACAAGAAUGGCUAUGGCGCUCACACAUUCGUCGCGAAUUCUCUGAUCCAGAUGUAUGGCAGCUGCCAGUGCCUGCAAGAAGCCCGAUCAAUCUUCCACAGCAUCCGCAAUCGAAAUAUUUACUCGUGGACAAUCUUUCUUGUCGCCAGUGCCGAGAAUGGGGAUCUCGAUCACGCCAAGAUUGUCUUCAACAGGAUGCCGGCUCGAAAUCUUGCAUCCUGGAACGCUCUCAUCGCUGCCUGCGCGCGAAACGAUCAGUGCCAAGACGCAUUGGAGAUUUUCUACCGGAUGAGCCUGCAGGGAGAGCGUCCAGAUGAUCUUACCUUCGUCAGCGCUAUCGAUUCUUGCGGGAUCUUGCGAUCAUUGCGAGAUGGGAAGCUGCUCCACGAGCAAACCCUCGAGGCCGGCCUUGUCCACAACACCGCUGUAGCGAACACGCUGAUCACAAUGUACGGAAAAUGCCAGCGUCUGGACAGCGCUUGGAGCGUCUUCGCGGACAUCCCCAAUCCAGACGUUGUCUCUUGGACAAGCAUCGGCACAGCAUUUGCCAGGAACGGAUAUUUCGAUCGAUCGCUGGAGCUCUUCCAAGAAAUGCCCGUGGCGAAGAAUGUCGUCUGCUGGAGCGCGAUCAUCACCGCCGCGGCGCGAUGCGAUCGCCACAGCGCAGCAUUCCAGCUCUUCCAGGUGAUGGAUCAAGAAGGCGCAAGACCUAACACUCUGAUCUAUUUGACGCUCCUCCAGGGAAGCCAUUCCACCUCUACGAUUAGGGCGAUACACUGUACGGCCGAAGAGGACGAAGAACUGGCCAGGGAUUCGAACCCCGCCGUGAUGAACGCCGUACUCUCUGCGUACGGCAGGUACGGAGACCUGGCCAGAUCUUGGGCCGUGUUCUCGCGGAUGGAAAGAAGAGAUCCAAUCACCUGGAAUUCAAUCGCGACUGCUUGUGCGCAAUCUGGAGAUUUCGAUGGAGCGAUGCGUGCGCUCGAGAGAAUGCCGCAGUGGGAGAUCUCGUCGUGGAACAUAGGCAUCGCGGCAAUUGCCAAGGGUGGCGCGACGGCGUCGGCGAUCUCUUUCUCUUUCCGGAUAAAUCUCGAGGGAAUCAAGCCCGACGGCGCCACAUUCAUCGCGCUGAUCGAUUCAUGCGCAUCGCCCAAUUCGCUGCCGGAUGCCAAGAGGAUCGCGUCGUGGAUCGGCGACAGCGAAUUCUGGUCGGAUCCGCGGCUCCGGGACGCCACGAUCGACAUGUUUGGCCGAUGCGACGACCUCGACACCGCCAGGGCGAUUUUCCUUGAGAAUCCAACCAGCGCCGCGGGGUGGGCGAAGAUGGUCGCGAAUUACGCCCGAAAUGGGGACUCCCGGACAGCGAUCAAUCUCUUCAAGCAAAUGGAUCUCGAGGGAGUCAAGCCGGUCGCUCUGGCAUUCGUGGGCGCGAUCGCGGCGUGCUCCAAUUCCGCGGCGCUGGGCGAGGGCGAGGCAAUCCACGCGUGCUUCGAGGAGGAGGAACACGCAGACCGCGAAACAGAGCAUGGCCCAAGUACGGACAUGGUCCACAACGCGGCCAUCCACAUGUACGGCCGCUGUGGAUCCUUGGGCCGGGCAGAUUCCCUCUUUCGAUCGCUGCGCCGCCAGAGCGUCGUGUCGUGGACUUCCAUCAUCAGGGCUUUCGCGAGCAACGGGCGCGUGGAUCUAGGGUUUCGCCUCUUCCGCGAGAUGCAGCUCCAGGGGACGCCGCCCAGCGCGGUCACCAUGGCGGAGCUCCAAUCCGCGUGUGCCCAUCUCGGCCUCCUGCGCGAUGGAUUGGACUCGCUCGCGUCCAUGCUGCUCGAUCACGGCAUCGCGCCCACCGCCGAGAACUACGCCUGCAUUGCCGAUCUGCUCCGCCGAUCGAAGGCCCAGGAAGACGAGGACGGGGAACUCUAG